GGUCGGGGCCCGAGGAGUGCCAGACGUGACCCGAAGGCCGCGGAGAGGAGCUCAAACCUGAGAGUGCUUGGAAAUUGGAAGACUUGGUGGCGAACGAGGAUCAGGGCCGGAUCCCGCCUCGGAGAGUGGGCGACGUGUCCGGGAUGUGGGAUCAGAGGCUGGUGAGAUUGGCCCUGUUGCAGCAGCUUCGGGCCGUCUAUGGCAUUAAGGUCAAGGGGGGCCGUGGGCAGUGCGAUCGCCGGAGACAUGAAACGGCGGCCACGGAAAUAGGGGGUAAAAUAUUUGGAGUACCUUUUAAUACAUUGCCCCACUCUGUUGUGCCAGAAUAUGGACACAUUCCAAGCUUUCUUGUUGAUGCUUGCACAUCUUUAGAAGAACAUAUUCAUACAGAAGGGCUUUUUCGAAAAUCAGGAUCUGUUAUUCGUCUAAAGGCACUAAAGAAUAAACUGGAUCAUGGUGAAGGUUGCCUAUCUUCUGCACUGCCUUGUGAUAUUGCAGGACUUCUUAAGCAGUUUUUUAGGGAAUUGCCAGAGCCUAUUCUUCCAGCUGAUUUGCAUGAAGCACUUUUCAAAGCUCAACAGUUAGGAACAGAGGAGAAAAAUAAGGCUACAUUGUUGCUCUCCUGUCUUAUGACUGACCACACCAUUGACAUAUUAAGAUACUUCUUUAACUUUCUCAGGAACGUUUCUCUUAGGUCCAGUGAGAAUAAGAUGGAUAGCAGCAAUCUUGCAGUAAUAUUUGCACCAAAUCUUCUUCAGACAAGUGAAGGACAUGAAAAGAUGUCUGCUAAUACAGAAAAAAAGCUACGAUUACAGGCUGCAGUAGUUCAGACUCUUAUUGAUUAUGCAUCAGAUAUUGGGCGUGUACCAGAUUUUAUCCUGGAAAAGAUACCAGCUAUGUUGGGUAUUGAUGGUCUCUGUGCUACUCCAUCAAUGGAAGGCUUUGAAGAAGGUGAAUAUGAAACUCCUAGUGAAUGUAAGAGAAAGCGAAGGCAAAGUGUAGGAGAUUUUGUUAGUGGAGCACUAAGCAAAUUUAAAUCUAACAGAACACCCUCUGUUACCCCUCAACAGGAAAAAAUUGCCCAGCUAUCUGUAUCACCAGUGAUUCUUACACCAAAUGCUAAGCGUAAACUGCCAGUAGAUUCUUCUCAUGGUUUCUCAAGUAAGAAAAGGAAGUCCAUCAAGCACAAUUUUAACUUUGAGCUGUUGCCAAGCAAUCUCUUCAGUAGCAGUUCUACACCAGUAUCAGUUCACAUUGAUACAAGCUCAGAAGGGUCAUCUCAGAGUUCACUCUCUCCUGUAGCCAUCAGUGGAAACCAUUUGAUCAGCACAGGUGUGCUAAGGCGAAGUAAAAGGAUUGCAGGCAAAAAAAUUGGCAGGGUGGAAUCAGGAAAAGCAGGCUGCUUCUCUCCUAAAAUCAGUCGUAAAGAAAAGGUUCGAAGAUCUCUUCGUUUGAAAUUUAGUCUGGGAAAAAAUGGUAGAGAUGUAAGUAAUGGAAGUUCUGGUGUCAAUAGAUGUGAAAAUGUUGGUCGGCGACUUGCAAAUCAACAAAGAUUAAUAAAUAGGAUUGAAUCUGUAAAAACAGGUCUGCUUUUUAGCCCAGAUAUUGAUGAAAGGUUAUCAAAGAAAGGUUCAAAAAAGGUCAGUAAGUCUGAGGAAAACUUAUUAACUCCAGAGCGACUAGAUGGAACAAAUUACCGGAUGUCAUGGACAGGACCUAGUAAUUCAAGUUUUCAAGAAAUACAUGCAAAUGAAACCUCUUCAAUAGUCGAAAAUCUUGAGGCAGAAAACUGUUCUUCAGAGCCUGAUGUUACAGUUGAAAAUUCACCUGCUGCUUCAUGUGAACUCUCCCCUUCCAAUUUACACAAUAAAGAUAACAGCAACUUAACGGGAAGCUCCCUUAGUGGGGAUGAAAAUAAUUUGACCAAAGAGACUUUGGUGAAAAUUCAGAAAGCAUUUUCUGAAUCUGGAAGUAAUCUUCAUACAUUGAUAAAUCCCAGGCAGUCAUCAAUAACUAAUGUGGGGAAAGCCAAAUUAACUGAAACAUCUUAUGUAGAAUAUAGCCCAGAGAGAAAACUAUUUGAAACUAAUGAUUUGACUGUAAUAGAAUCAAAGGAAGUAUCUGAGCACCACAGUGGUAAUGAUGAAAAUCACUUUUCAGGAAGAGACUUUUCACCACAUCAAACUCAAAAAUGUGAUAGAGAAUCAACUAUAAAAUGGUAUUCAACUCAGAUUAAGGUGGAACAUGAAAAAAGCAUUCAUUCAAGUAUACCAAAAGAUUAUUUAAGCAAGCAAGAAUUCCCCAGUGAUGAACAAAUAAAGAGACAGCAGUCCCCGAGGCAUAAACUAAGUACUAAAUUAAAGGAGAAUGAAGAUAUGAUUGAAGAGAACUUACUGAAAUGCGCAGCUUCUAGAGAGGAAGAGGCUAGAUCCUCUUCACAACAGAGUACGUGUAUUGUAACAAACUUGUCAAAGCCGAGGCCUACGAGAAUUGUUAAACAGCCGUCACUGGUGGAAGCGUGUGAUAAAACAGUUUCUGAAAGUUUGCGAAUGACAGAACAUGGAAAAGUUUCAGAUCAUAUACAGUGGUUUAAUAAGCUUUCUUUAAAUGAACCAAGUAGAACAAAGGUUAAGUCACCUCUUAAGUUUCAGCGUACUCCUGUCCGUCAGUCUGUCAGAAGAAUUAAUUCUUUGUUGGAGUAUAACAGACAACCUGUAAGGCAUACAUUGGCAAGUGGUAGUAAUGCUCCUUCCCCUUUGGUUAAAUCAGUGAGCUGUGACAGUGCUCUCUCCUCUUAUACAGAAAGUAAGUCAAAACAUUCCUCUAUUUCACAUAUGAAAUCAGAUCCUAAAGAACAGAAGUUUACAUCACGUGAACAGUCAAACAUUGAUGCAGUUCCAAAAUCAAGCAUGGAGUUAACUUCUAAAUCUUUAUUAAAAAUGAAGAGAUGCCCAGAUUCAGUGAAUCCUUUUUUGGGGCCUACUAGAGUUCGUGAACAGGAUGUGAUAUCUGAUGGCCAAAUUAAGGUUCCCUUGGAUGACCUGACUAAUCAUGAUAUAGUAAAACCUAUUGUAAAUAACAGUCGGGGCUUUUCUCCUGGGAUAAAUAACAGGGUCCUUAGGAGACCACCAGAAAGAGAAAGGGUCUGGUACAAAGGUUCUCCAAAAAAUCCUAUUGGAAAAGCUCAACUACUACCAACAAGUAAACCUGUAGACCUGUAAUUGGUAAAUGUUAUACUUGUCAUUAGUGUAAAUAAAAUGAGCAAUUGGU